AUUUCUCUUUAAAACUUCACAUACAUAUACAUGCAUGAUGAAAGAUAUAUAGUGCCCCACAAAUGAACUCUUUUUAGUUUUGAUGAGUUUAAUUCACACAUAUAUUAAUUUCUUCUUCUUCUACGAUGAACAGUUUUGACCCCCAAAGAUGGCAACAAGAUAAUAGAAGAGAAAAGAUAAUAGAUGCAUCUUUGAAUGUCUAUGGAAAUACUAGUAACAAGAAAACAAAUACGGGAAAGUAUAACAAAAUUGAAGGGUUCCUUGGAGUAGAAGAUGAAGAUCUUUUAUCCGCAGUUGUUCCUGCUGUCACAGUUGUGUUGGAGGGCCGUGCGAUUUGCCAACGCAUUAGCCUUCAUAAUCAUGGAAGCUACACAAGUCUCGCCAAGGCUCUCCGCCAGAUGUUUGUGGACGGCGGCGACGAAGACGACCACGAUGAUCUUGAUCUCUCUAAUGCCAUUCCUGGUCAUCUUAUUGCUUAUGAAGACAUAGAGAAUGAUCUUCUACUUGCUGGUGACCUUACUUGGAAAGAUUUUGUACGUGUGGCAAAGAGAAUUCGGAUAGUUCCGGCGAAGGGGGAGUCAAGGAAAUUAGGUACAGCUAGUACAAGAGAGGCAUAAGCUAGCAGCAUAUCAACACCUGAAAGAUGCACGGUUAAUCAUAAUUUUUGGGAUGUUCAUUUUAGUUGUGCUUUUUUAAAUAAAAAACUAAAAAUAAAUUUGAAAUUUAUUAGAAAAUGCAUUUAAUACGAUGGUCAGGAUUGAUCUAUAUAAAAUGAGCUAUCCAGUAUUUCUUCCGUUUCUA